AACAACACAACAAAACUCCAUUUAACAAUCAUUCAUAUCUCUCUCUCUCUUCUCUUCUCUUCUCACACUCACAUUACAACAACACAACACAAACAUAAACAUAAACAUAAACACAGAGGUAGCGUUUGGUUUAUGUUCUUGUCUGAACAAAAACAAAACCAAAACCUUAAAAAAUGGCCAUGGAUUGCGGCAUCUAUGGUUUCAUCAACAUCAAGCACCGCACGUUCUUCUUCUUCUUCACUUUCUUCUGUCUUGUUCUAUCUUUUUCAUCAUGUUCUUCUUCUUCAACAGUUCAAAUAAACUCAAACUCAAUCUUAGUGGCUCUACUAGACUCACAUUAUACAGAACUGGCUGAACUCGUUGAAAAAGCUAUGCUUCUACAAACACUAGAAGACACUGUCGGUAAAAACAACAUCACAAUCUUCGCACCAAAAAACCAAGCUCUUGAACGAGAUCUUGACCCGAAUUUCAAAACUUUCCUCUUAGAGCCACGAAAUCUUAAAUCUCUUCAGACUUUGUUAAUGUCACAUAUUAUUCCUACACGAAUCAAUGGAUCUGUAUCCAGCAAAACCGGGUCGACCCGACAUAGAACAUUGUCGCUUGAGCACAAGAUAGUGAUACAGUCGAAUGAAACAUCGCAACAAUGGUUGGUUAAUGGAGCUAAGAUUGUUCAUCUGAAUGAUGUGACAAGACCUGAUGGUGUUAUUCAUGGAAUUGAAAGGCUUCUGAUUCCAAGGUCUGUUCAAGAUGACUUUAACCGUCGUAGGAGUCUUGUUUCUAUUGCUGCAAUUAAACCGGAAGGUGCACCGGAGGUUGAUCCGAGAACUCACCGGUUGAAAAAGCCGCCGCCACCGCAGAAUCCUGGCUCGCCUCCGGCUCUUCCUAUUUUUGAUGCAUUGGCUCCUGGACCUUCUCUGGCACCGGCGCCGGCACCAGGGCCUGGUGGACCCCACCAUCAUUUCAACGGGGAGGCACAGGUGAAAGAUUUCAUCCAGACACUGAUACAUUAUGGAGGUUAUAAUGAGAUGGCGGAUAUUCUGGUGAACUUAACGUCGUUAGCGACGGAGAUGAGUAGGUUAGUAUCAGAGGGUUAUGUUUUAACAGUUCUAGCUCCAAAUGAUGAAGCUAUGGCUAAGUUAACAACGGACCAAUUGAGUGAACCGGGUUCACCGGAACAAAUUAUGUACUAUCAUUUGAUUCCUGAGUAUCAAACUGAAGAGAGUAUGUAUAAUGCUGUUAGAAGAUUUGGGAAGGUGAGGUAUGAUACUUUGAGAUUGCCUCAUAAGGUUGAUGCUGAAGAAGCUGAUGGGUCGGUUAAAUUCGGGCAUGGUGAUGGUUCGGCAUAUUUGUUUGACCCGGAUAUUUAUACGGAUGGGAGGAUUUCUGUGCAAGGGAUUGAUGGAGUUUUGUUUCCACAUGAAGAAAAAGAGGAGGUUGUUGAUAAGGCUGUGACCCAAGAACGGAAGGGUAAACCCGCUAAGGUUGUGGCCAAGCAAAGAAGAGGAAAAUUGCUGGAAACGGCUUGCUGGAUGCUUGGAACCUUUGGACAGCAUUCUAGAUUCAAUUGUCAAUAAACAAAAAAAUGCACAGAAAAUUCCAAAGAUGUAAAAAGUCAACGGAAUAUGAAGGCCAGCUUUACUUGAAUGAAUGGCUAAUAGCAGCUGCUAUAAUAUGGGUUUGGUUUAGCCAACUUUUUGUUUUUUCUUCUCCCUCUUUGUUGAUUUGGGUCCUUGAUGAGAGCACAAAAGUUUCUAUAUAGUGCAUAUAUUAUUAAUAUAUAUGUAAUUAGGUUCAAUUAGUAUUGCUGCUAUUAUAAUUCAAUAGAAGGUUGUGGGGUGAAAAGGUUUUGUGUAAUAAGAAGGGCGAUAAUCCGUUCCCGAUUCAGUAAGUAAUUUUACUCAUGAAAUUGAAGAUGGAAUAAUAAAAUUAUUCUUUACUGUAAUAUGAUCUUUUAUGGCUGCCUCCUUAUGUCUCUUUUUUUUCU